UUCACCCGUCAAUCAAUCAAUUUCAAUCAUCAUCCUGCUUAUUUCAAAAAUCCACAUAACUGUUAUACACUUGUUUAUCUAAACCAUAAAACACUAUAAACAUUUACUCAUAGUAGGAACUGUAUAAAUGAUCAAAUAUGGACAUGUCCAAAGUAUGCCGUAGUUGUAUGAAAGAAGUAGCUUCAUGGGAGCGAGAAAAUUUCAACCCAAGAGCUGUGGAGAUGUUUUGUUUUUGUACAAAUAUUAUGAUUACCGAAGAAGACAAACUCCCGCAACAGUUCUGUUACGACUGCACCAUAAAGAUAGAAUCUUCAUUCACGUUUAUCACAGAAGCACAGAAGGUCAACAUAACACUAAAGAACAUAAUAUCUCGAGCUUUAACCAGCAUUAUUGUGGAACCGACCGAGAGCCACAAUAAGACCAUUCAAAAUCCAGUAAAUAAUAUGAAGUUAACUUUACCAGAUUACAAGAUAAGUACUUCAGCAGAUGAUUACUAUGAACCUAUUUUAUCUGAGGAAAUUUGUAAUGAAAGAAGUGCAGAUAUUCACCACAUAGAUAUUGACAUAAAUAAAGAGAAUGCAUUAAUACAAACUAAGAAUGACAUUGCUACUGAAGAACUAAAUACUAUGUCUAUAGAUGCUGGAAAUGGAAGUGAGAAUAAAAAAAAUAUCUGCCCUGUGUGUAGAAAAAUGUUCACAUCUAAAACCUGGUUUGAUAAACACAUGGAGAAGGAACAUACUGGCCGGAAAUAUAGUUGCCCUCACUGUUCUAAAACAUUUGCAAAGAAGAGUCAGUUAAAGUACCACUCCACGACACACUCUGAUGUGCGACAGUUCUCGUGCCCCGAGCCGGACUGCGGCAAGAGGUUCAAGAGACGCAAGCAGCUGGCUUGUCACGCUCGGUCGCACGGGGACGUCAGGCCUUAUGCUUGUGAUCUGUGCUCCAGGAGAUUUAAACUGAAAAGUGUUUUAAAGUGUCACAUGAAGGUACACGAGGACACCAAGCAGUACCUGUGUUACCACUGCGGGUGGAGCUUCACUCAAAUUGGCAACCUGAAAGUGCACAUGCGCAUACACACUGGGGAGAAGCCCUUCUCGUGUACCGAAUGCGGGUUCCGCGCGGCCGCCGCCUCCAACCUGCGGCGCCACCAGCGCCGGCACCGCAACGCUGCCUCACAUGUGUGCGGCACGUGUAGGAAGGGAUUCUACGACGCCAGUGCUUUGACGCGGCACACGCGCACCCACACAGGAGAGCUGCCGUACCAAUGCCCGAGCUGCGCGCGCGCGUUCGCGGACAGCUGGAAGCGCAAGACGCACCUCAUGCGCGCGCACCGCCGCGCGCUCGCCGCCAUCCCGCGCAUGCGCAGGGACGGACAGCCCGCCAUCUGAACACACUCUCCACAUCCGGCUCGAAGGACCAUAAUGGGUUUUUUUUCAUUUACAGUUACGGGAAGAACAUAAUGACAGUUUAUUCCAAAUGUUAACGGAUAUAUGACGGAAAAUAAUACGCAGUUAUUAUCCGGCUAGAAGGACCAUGAUGUAUGUAUGUAAGCGAUUUACAAAAAGAAUGGCUUCUUAACAGAAUAUAUGUCAAAAUACUGGCAGUUUGUAUUUGGUACAACCAGUAGCACCAUCAGUAGUUCUACGCGUGAGAUGAGUGGUUAUCAAUAAAUUCCCCACUUAAGAUGAUAAUACAUAACUUUGUGACGUCAAAAAUUUACUUCAAACUAUUUCUACUGAUUUGAUAAAUCAAAAUUAAAUCAUUUGUUCAGAAAUUAGGCGUUCACGUCAUAUUCUAAAUUAAAUGAUAUUUACCAAAGCUACUAUAGCAUUUCGGAACGACCACUGCUGAGAAGAAAUGCCGAAAGAAACUCAUUCAAACAGUAUUGGUCCCUAUUAUGCCAGAAAGGCUUACCAUUCUUUAAAUAUAAAUUUUUGUAUAAUUUUAUCAUAUCACCCUAUAUAAAAAAAGAGUUAUUUAAAAAAUA